GUGUCCGGUAGGUGGCGGUAUGUCUGCUGGAACGCAUCUACAGACAGCAACACAGAAGAAGACGAGGACGGGCUUUAUUUACUUUUGUUGUCAUCUGAGAACUUCGGGGGGGUUUUUAUUUCAAGCGUUAAAUAUUAGACUUCAGUCGCGACAGAAUCUGUUGUGAGGCUGAGAGAGAGGUUUGUGUUCCUCUGUGACUGAGGGCAGUGGGUAGCGGAUCAUAAUUCAUGGCCGAGGGCAGCAGCAGUCUGAGCAGUGCUCCUCCAGGAGACCCGCAGCUCAUCGGGCUCAUAGUGCAGCAUCUGAAGAACAGAGGCUUGUUUGAUGAGUUCAGACGAGACUGUCUGGCAGACGUGGACACGAAGCCAGCUUUUCAAAAUCUGCGACAGAAGGUGGACAACUUUGUGUCCAAUCAUCUCAGUACUCAAGAAUGGAGUCCGUCCAUCAACAAGAACCAAGUGAGGAAUGGCUUGAGACAAAGCGUAGUUCAGUCAGGGAUGUUGGAAUCAGGGGUGGACCGUAUCAUUACUCAGGUGGUGGACCCUAAACUAAACCAUAUCUUCAGGCCACACAUCGAGAACGCCAUUCAUGAUUUCCUAGCAGCAGAGAAGAAAGAAGAGGGCGCACCAAAUUCAGCCCCUGAUGCUGAACAACAGGAAACGACUAGCAACACUGCAGCCAAAACACAAUGAGGUACAAGGAUACACUUUUUGCUGUCACAUGAAGAUCACCAAAAGUUGUCCUUCCAUGCCUGGCUACAGUGGAUGAACAGUUGCUGAGCACUAGAAUAUUGGAAGUUGGCACUAAUUUAAGGUGGUUGGAUUGAUUUGAUUUUUUUUUUUUUUUUUUUAACAUGUUACAUAAAAGCAGGUUGUCCGGUCGAUGCUUUUGAAGUCCGGUUUAGUUUUUUCAGCACUAGAGAACAACUGAAGCUGAUUUGUCCAAAUUAAAAUAAAUCCAUCUCGAAAUAACAUUGAUAUGAUCAUUUUUAUUUGGACUGAAGCCAGACAGAAAUUAUCCUUUUUAUACAGCUGGAUUUGGGAAAUACUUCUAAUUUAUUUAUUGUAAUAUUCUAAUGGGACUCAUA